GCGGUUCUCCUGCAACUCCAGUGCACCGCCGCACGACCCCCCGCCCACAACAGAUACACCAAACACGCGCGUGAGAGAAACAGACAGAGGAAGCACGCACUUCCCGAAUGAGACUUUCAGCGCACCGAAGAUAUGGAGUUGGCAUCGCUCUGUGGUUGAUGGUGCUGAUGAUUGCCAUGAGCUCAGUCUCCAUGGAAAGCACUGAUGAUACGAUCAUGUGGAGCCCUUUCGACCUCAGCACGGAGGCCUUGGCGUCUAUCGCCGAUCUAGAUGACCAUCCCAUCGAAGACAACGAUGCUGCUCGAGCUGACCGCAUGCUCGCGGCCCUGGAGUCCAUCCCCGAGGGCGAGCGCCAAGGCAUGGACCUAGACGCGGAAGCUUUGCGCUCGAAGCCCCUUGCGGAGCGGUUGGCCGAGUUACAGGGGCUAUGGGAAGUACGGCAGCAGGAACUCCGCGAAGCUUACGACGCGAUGCCUAAGGUGAACGAACUACUGAUGGAACGGAUCGACAUCCUGAACAAUGCCGACGCGACGGAUGGCGCCCUGACUGGCGCUCUCACCGACCUCGAGGACCUGCUGUCGGAUAUCGACAUGGCUAGAGAUUUCCAUACUAUCGGAGGAUUCCCCACGCUGGCUUCCAUGCUCCGCUGUUCGCGACCAGAAGGUGUUCGUGAACUAGCAGCGUGGGCAGUCGGCACUGCGGUGAAAAAUGAACCUGAACAUCAACUGUGGGUGUUAGAGGACGGUCCUGAUUCCCAACCCUCGGUGCUGGCUCUUCUGCUGGAAAAUGCGAUGGCCGCCACGACCCCGACUCUGAGAAGCAAAGUUGUCUAUGCACUUUCAGCGUGCUUGACAAAUAAUGGUGAUGUACAGCUUCAGUUCGGCUCGCGAAUGGGAGAGGCCGUGCUUUCAGCGAUGUACGAUGCCGAUGGAUCAGAUCGCCGUGUUAGAAUUAAGACCCUCACCCUCAUGUCAGAUUUGCUUCAAGAGGCUGCGAGAGGCUCGCCGGCAGCUGUUCUGGCCACGAUGCCUGUUGGCUCCACGGCUUCGUCGGGCGGGGCCUGGUGUCGCCGAGUAGAUGAAGCGCUGCAGCAUGCACAUUCUCCAGCUGCGCUGGAAAAGGCGAUCGAAGCCGUUCAGUCUUUUACACCCUCGUGCAGGGAUCAGUUUGCACAGCUGGACACGAAGCGACGAUUAGAAGGCCUAGCCCAGCAAUGUCGUACAUCGCCUCCGGAGGGGUUCGAGGUAGCAGAGGAAGAAUAUCACAAGGAAUUGACCCAGAAAUUAGAAGAAUGUGCUGUCGCUCUUCGAUGACCCGAGCAGAGUAGUGUGGCAUGUAGCGGAGUUUUCUCGAGGAGCUUGUAGGCGUUGUGAUCAACUCCCACUUUCGUAGCAGUUUGAUGUGCUUCACGAAAUCAAAGUUGGUUUAUACUACACGCUGCAACCGCCAGGAUAGAUAGAGCGCAUUUUUUGGGCCUUCGCCAUGAACCGUGCAUGACGCUUGCUUGUUGACGUGAUACCCUAUGCAUAUACCCGGACCCUAUACCCCCUCGCGCGGGGGGC